AUGGCAGUGACCGCAUUCCCCUCAAUGGAGGAAUCACCCGAUCUCACCCUCCUCAACGUGGCGCGACUCUUCACCCGACUAGAACACAACCUCCUCUCCCCCGGCUCGGAGCUCCGCACUCUACGCAAUUCUGAGCUUCAACGAUUGCGGGUUGCCAAGAACGUCGACUAUGCCCGCACCCUCCUCUCCCAACUAGAGCGCUCUCUUCCACAAAUAAAACCACUGGAUCGACGACACGAAGCACAGGCGGAAAUUGCCCGGGACAGGCAGCUGCUCAAGCGUAUGCAAAGUGUGCUCGAUGAGGAAGAGUCUCGUGCCGAAGAAGAAGACGUCGGCGAGGACGGCGAGGUCGAUGAUGAGUGGAAGGAAUUGUUUGCAACACCCAUCUCGGCGAAAACGAUAGAUACGCCUAUCAAAGAAGAGUCAAAACCUACGGCAAUGGAACCUACGACUAAGCCGUUACCUUCAACAUCAACAUCCACGCCCACAAGCACAAGCACAAGCACAACCAUACCAACAUCAACCCUCCGCAACCGCACCACCCCCUCCACCAAACCAACCCCUAUACCCUCUCAAUCCGCAAAAUCAACCAGCCUCGCCUCCACCUCCACCAAAACCCCCACCUCCACAACAUCAAGCAAAGAAGAAGCCCUCACAACCUCCCGCCUCGAACAAGAAACCCUAACAACCUCCCUCCUAUCUCUAGCAAGCCAACUAAAAGCCUCCUCACAAAGCUUCCAAUCCACACUCGGAAACGAAAAGUCCGUGCUAGAUCGCGCAGUCGCCGGAAUCGACAAGACGAGUUCGACUAUGGAAGCGGCGGGACAGCGCAUGGGCAUGUUACGUCGUAUGACGGAGGGGAAGGGGUGGUGGGGCCGGAUGAUGCUUUAUGGGUGGAUUUUUGGGUUGUGGGUUGUUGCUGUUUUGAUUGUUUAUGUUGGGCCUAAGUUGAGGUUUUAA